AUGAUAGAUAGUAUUAAACCUAUAAAGGAGAGACUAGAAAGACCCCUUCACGAAGUAACGGCAUUAGACAUCAAACUUCCGGAACCAAGUUUAACAAAUUGUACGAAAUCAAAAGAUGACUGCUCGAAGAAAAAAUCUUGCAAUUGCAAAUGUGCAUCAAGUCAAUCGAAUCAGCGAAUGACAAAUGGAUUGAAUAUACACAUAAAUCUCUUGCUAUGA